AUGCGGAACAUGCCUCCGGACGCGAUGAAUCAAGCGAUGGCUCAAAUGAAAGACAUGAAGCCGGAGGACUGGGAGCGUGCCAAACAUCAGUUGUCGUCCAUGGAUCCCGAUACCCUUGCUAGCCAAGCUGCGCAGGCGCAAGCGCAAGUGGCUGGCCGUACGCAGUACGUUCUGAAUGCCAGCACUCAGUUAAAGAACGAAGGCAACCAGCUGCACGGGCGUGGCGCAUACAAGGAAGCGGUGGAGAAGUACGAGCGGGCCAAGUCCAACGUGGAGUCCUUCACAAGCAAGGAAGCGAAGGACCUGGUGCGCGCGUGCACCUUGAACCUCAGCAGCUGUUACCUGAACCUCAAGCAAUUUGACAAAUGCUUGGAGCAAUGCAAUCAGGUCCUGUCAGGCGAGCCUCAUAACUUGAAGGCAUUGUACCGACGUGGCCAGGCGUAUCUGGGAUCCGGGGAUUGCGUCAAUGCAGCAGCUGACUUGGAACGGGCGCUGCGGCUGGCCUUGGAGACGGACCCCUCGCAAGCGCAGCCAAUCCGGGAAAAGCUCCAGGAAGCUAAAGACCAAAUUGGUGCAUUGAGGGCCGCCGGAAAGCUGCCGGCCGCAGCGGCCAAGCCCGCAGCGGUGGCGGGCGCCGCUAGCGUGGAGCCCAGUCAGUCGGCUGCAGCGGCCGCUGCGGCACCAGCUGCGUCGACAUCUGCUCGUUUCCUGGGUUUGUUGCCCCACAAUCCCGCGUCUCUGCAGAUGCUUUCCUCGUUGGACCCCGAGAAGCUUCAGGAAAUGUCCCGUGCUGCUGGCCUGCCUCCGGGCGUUACAAUUACGCCGGAGAUGGCCAAGGCCGCGGCCGAGAGCUUCAAACAGAUGUCGCCGCAGGAGGUGCAGGAGGCCAUUCAGACCGUGUCCAAGAUGCAGCAGCAGCAGCAGCUGGCCUCCAUGUCUAAAAUGGUACCUGGCAUGGACAAGGUUCAGUUGACGCCAGAAAUGGCUAAGAUGGCAGCGGAAAUGAUGAGGGGCAUGACGGCUGAGGAUAUCGCCCGCAUGCAGGAAAUGGCAGCUGCGAUGCACGGGGCUGGCGGCGCAGGAGCUGGUGCAGGGCCAGGGACAUCUAGCCGGCCGGCGGCUGGCGCCGCCCCCGGUGGUACAGGGUUGGCCGCUAUGGGCGGCGGCGGCAGCUCCGAUGCCGCUAUGGCAUCGAUGUUGUCCGAUCCAAAGAUGAUGGAGUCGGCGGUCCGCAUGAUGAAGAACAUGGACCCAGAGGCUUUGGCAAGCAUGAUGAUGUCCUCAGGCAUGUGCAAGGACCGCGCCCAGGCUGAAGCGAUGGCGCACCAGAUGUCCAACCUGAGCGACACACAGCUGCGCAUGAUGGUGAAGACGGCCAGCGUUGUACAGAGUGCGCGCGCUUCUGGUGCACGAGCGCUUGAGUGGGCGCGGGCUAAUGUAUGGCUCGUCCUGGCGCUGCUCGUGUUGUUACUGGCAUUUGUGCUACGGUGGCUGGGAUAUAUGUGACACGGUCAUUUAGAAUGCAGGAACACGGUCCGUACCAGAGCGCUGACUGCUGUGGGCGAGCUCUGACUGCUGACCAAGCUGAAAUAAGAGAGGGAGGGCAUUUGCGAUAAAUUUGCAGCAAGGGGUGGCUGUCAGCCCUUGGUUGACUCCCGUCAUUGGAUGUUGGAAUCGACGUUAGUACGUCACCGGAAUUGGUGGUCGCUACUGACAUGACGCAGGAUUUGGACGCUAAUUGUAUUGGACUUGCUUGUUAGAGUUUGCUUGCAUCUUGAGUGUGCCCUGCGCUUGCUAUUGCUGCAUUAUUGCUCCGUGGAAAAAGGUGCGCAAGUCGGCACUGCACUGCUUUAUGGUGUAUGAACCAUGGGCCCAUUACAGGGCCAUUACAUCACCUUUAAAGCCCAAAGAGGAUUUUUUUACAAUGUGGGGGCCAACCGCUUUAACAGCCAGCCUUCUGCUAUGUGGGAUAGGUUGUCCUGUAAAUGCAGCACGUCA